AUGGGGUGUCUGCACUGCGGGAGCGUCAAGAUGGGGUGUCUGCACUCCCUCGCUGGGCUGCUGCUGCUGCUCCGUCUCUCUCUGGCCGCUCCACUGCCCUCCCCUGGACUCUCCCUGGAGCUCGAGGACUGGGCGUUUGCAGAGACGGCGGUGCGGGAGAUGCAGCGGGCGUUCGGCCUGCACGAGAGCGGCGAGCUGACCGCACAGACCCUGGCCGCCAUGAGGAGACCGCGCUGCGGCCUCUCGGACGCCGAGGAGUUCGGCCCACUCAUGAGGUGGAUCAACCGCACCUUGACCUACAGGAUUGAGGGCUCGGUUCCCACCGUGAGGCCCUUCCAUGUGCGUAAAGCGUUCCGAGAGGCCUGGAAGCUCUGGACGGAGGUCGCCCCACUCAAGUUCCGCAGAAGGUCACGUAGGGAAGCUGACAUCAUCGUGACCUUCACCAAGAGAGAUCAUGGAGACGGCUCCUCGUUCGAUGGGAGAGGUGGGAUUCUGGCCCACGCCUUCCAGCCAGGAACGGGCAUCGGUGGAGACGUUCACUUUGAUGUGGAGGAGGACUGGACAGUGAGCACCAAAGGCCAUAACCUGUUUGCUGUGGCGGUGCACGAGUUUGGCCACACGUUAGGUCUUCCCCACUCCCCAGACCCCGGGGCCGUCAUGUACCCGGCCUACAACUUCGUCUCCCACACCGACUUCCAGCUCUCCUUUCAGGAUGUGCAAGAUAUCCAAAAGAUGUAUGGCUUUGUGUCCAUGUUGUGUCCUCCAUAG